UUUUUUUUUUUGAAUGGAACCCUUAAUCUGGAAAUUUAAAGCUGCUUCAUACUCAAACUGAGAUUGAUACAGUUUUACUUCUCCAUCUACCUUCUCCACCUGCUCUUCUUCUUCAUGUGUACCCUUCUUGAAGUUUCUUGCUUUUCUGCUUCAAGAACAAGAGUGGUCGGGCUUUUUAAGCGUAAAGACUGAGUCUUUAAAGUGGGAGAAGCGUAAAGGGGAGGUAGAAGCUAGAAAGAGAGACCCUUUGAUGAGGGCAAGGUGACCAUUACAGAGCAUAUGGAUGAACAGGAGGAAGGCCCUUCUCCUUUGCUUGAAGCUGAUAUGAGUUCAAGGCCUAGGCGUAUUGCUCUCUUUGUAGAGCCUUCUCCUUUCUCUUAUGUAUCUGGUUAUAAGAAUCGAUUCCAGAAUUUCAUUAAAUACCUACGCGAAAUGGGGGAUGAGGUAAUGGUUGUGACAACACAUGCAGGGUUGCCUGAAGAAUUCUAUGGAGCAAAGCUAGUAGGAUCGUGGAGCUUCCCCUGCCCCUUGUACCGUAACGUGCCUCUUUCGCUUGCCCUCAGCCCUAGAAUAAUCUCUGAAGUUGUCAAAUUUAAGCCUGACAUUAUACAUUCCACUUCCCCUGGUAUCAUGGUAUUUGGUGCUCUCAUCAUUGCGAAACUCUCGUGCACCCCCAUUGUCAUGUCGUAUCACACACACGUUCCGGUAUACAUUCCAAGAUACACCUUUAGUUGGCUGGUCCAACCUAUGUGGUUAAUUAUAAAAUUUCUUCACAGGGCAGCUGAUCUUACACUUGUGCCAUCUUCCGCUAUUGCAAAAGAUCUGGAAGCUCACAAGGUAACAGAAGCUAGCAGAAUCCGUUUAUGGGACAAAGGGGUUGAUUCCGAGAGCUUCCAUCCCCGACAUUGCUCACGUGAAAUGAGAUUGAGACUUAGCAACGGGGAACCUGACAAGCCAUUGAUAAUCCAUGUUGGACGACUUGGGGUUGAGAAGAAUUUGGAUUUCCUUAGAAGGGUUAUGGAUAGGCUUCCAGACACUCGGAUUGCUUUUAUUGGGGAUGGACCAUAUAGAGAGGAGCUGGAGAAGAUGUUCUCUGGCAUGCCUGCAGUGUUUACUGGUAUGCUACUUGGGGAAGAUCUUUCUCAGGCAUACGCCAGUGGAGAUGUUUUUGUCAUGCCUUCAGAGUCCGAGACGCUAGGACUUGUUGUUCUAGAGGCCAUGUCGUCUGGACUCCCCGUGGUGGCUGCUCGUGCAGGGGGAAUCCCAGAAAUUAUUCCGGAAGACCAGCAAGGCAAGAUCGGGUACUUGUACAAUCCCGGGGAUCUUGAUGACUGUUUGAAUAAACUGGAGCCUCUUCUGUGGAGCCCUGAAUUGCGAGAAACAAUGGGAAAAGCUGCACGCGAGGAGGUGGAGAAGUAUGACUGGAGGGCAGCGACGAGAAGGAUUCGCAAUGAACAUUACAGCUCUGCAAUCUGGUUCUGGAGAAAAAAGAGAGCUCUGUUGCUUAGGCCAUUCCAAUGGCUAUUUAAGUGCUUUUUCCGGGCACCAGAAACCCAAUACAAGUGAUGAUGCCAUUCUUGGAAUUUUUUCUUUGUGGUCUUGCUAUUGAUUGCAUUGUAUUGUAUUGAAUUGAUGUAAAUUAUACUCCGGAUUAGCCAUUGUAAGCUCAGUGUCACAAAGAUUGGAAUUUGGAUCAUUUGAUUGGAAAUAUAGUUUUGAGAA